GCCGAUGCGUUGCCCGGGGGACAGAGGUGCCCGUCCCCCCCCCACACCAGCUGGGGGCCAUGAGGCGUCGGGGGGAGCGGGCGAAGGCGGCGGCGGAGGAGGAGGUGAAGAGCGUGGGGAGGAAGGCCGAGCAGGGCGCAGAGGAGUACCAGUGCACCGGCCUCCUGGAGCAGGAUUUCCCCGAGCUCUGCGCCCGCGCCGGCAUCGCCGCCGUCCCCAAAGUCACCCCCCGGCCGGCCCCGAGCUUCCCUGCGGAUGGACCCAGCCUGGUCCCCGUCCCGCAGAGGAGCCGGCUGAGCCGCCGCUGCCGGAGGUGUUGGCCGCCAUCGAGCGUAAAUUCGGCUCCUUCCAGCCCCGCAUCCAAGUGGAGAGGGACCACGGCGACCCCCAGAGCGUCCGCGCCGUCUUCCUGCGAGGCUGGAAGAUGGAGGAGGACAGGCUGGGGGUCCUGAGCCGCUGCUUGCCCACCCUGGCCGGCCUGCGGGCACUGCACCUCUGGAAGGUCGGGCUGACGGAGCAGCUGCUCCCGGCGCUGGCGGCACUGCUGGCACGCUGCCCCCGCCUGCGGACGCUCAGCCUGGAGGGGAGCCCCUUGCCCGAACUCGCCUUCCCGACGCUGAUGGGGAGCGACAGCGCGCUGACCCACCUCUCGCUGCGCAACAGCGGCGUGGGGGACGCGGGCGCCCGGCGCGUGGGGCAGAGCCUGGCCGCCCUCGGCUCCUCCAACCGCGGCCUCGUCUCCCUCGUCCUCAGCUUCAACCGCAUCUCGGACCUGGGAGCCGGCUACAUCGCCCAGGGCUUGCGCUUGAACCGCUCCCUGCUCUCCCUGUCCCUGGCCAACAACGACAUCGGCGACACGGGGGCCACCAGGUUGGCGGAGGUGCUGGGGCCCUUCGCCCUGACCCACGCCGAGGUGGUGGAGCGGAGGCGGCUGCUCUUAGCGGAGGCGCUGGGACGCACCCUCACGAUCCCAAAAGACAGCGAGGGUCAGAGCGAGCAGCGCUCCAGCCUGGCCCCCGACAAGCUGCUGCCGGCCAAAUACGGCAAAACCCCCGCCAAGAAGAAGGAGUCGCUGCGGAAGGAGGAGACGCGGCAGCCCAAGAAGCCGCCGGAGCCCAGAGCCGCCCGUGGCAGGGACGCCAAAGCGAGCGGGCAGGAGAAGCCGAGCCCGGAGGCGGCAGAUCCGGCCCAUCCGCUGCUGGAGGAGGCCAGGCAGGAGCAGGGCAGCGUCAUCCUGCCGGGGAACCGGGCGCUCCUCAACCUCAACCUGACCCACAACCGCAUCACCCAGCGGGGCCUCGGCGCCUUCCUGGCAGCGCUGGAGGGGCAGCAGCGGGAGAAGAAGCCAAAGGUGCCGGGGCAGCAGGGGCUGCUGUGCCUCUCCCUGCAGAAGAACCGCAUCCCUGCCCACAGCCCGGCCCUCGCGCGCCUCCGGGAGCUGCUGCCGCCGCAGGACGCCCCCCCCAGCGCCCCGUGCCAGGAGGAGCAGCAGGACCCGGGCACCUAACCGGGCACCCGGGGGGGGCGGGUGGGCAAAGGCCGGGGCGGGGGGGGGACCUUUUCUUUCCGAA